AUGGCCAAGCUCACCCUCCUCACUGGUCUGCUCCUUGUGCUGACAGCUGAGAUAGUUGGCUCUGCUUACCAGCUGACAUGCUACUUCUCCAAAUGGGCCCAGUACCGGCCAGGCCUGGGGCGCUUCAUGCCUGACAACAUGGACCCCUGCCUCUGUACCCACCUGAUCUAUGCCUUUGCUGGGAUGCAGAACAACAAGAUCUUUCUUUUCAUUUGUUCUGAUAAAACACUUUGUUUCUUUUCCCUCAGAAAUAGUCAACUGAAAACUCUCUUGGCUGUUGGUGGCUGGAACUUUGGCACUGCUCCUUUCACUGACAUGGUUUCCACUCGUGCGAACCGCUAGACUUUCAUCAACUCAGUCAUCGAAUUCCUGCGCCAGUAUGAGUUUGAUGGGCUGGACUUUGACUGGGAGUACCCCGGCUCUCGUGGGAGCCCUUCUCAGGACAAGCAUCUCUUCACUGUCCUGGUGCAGGAAACGCGUGAAGCUUUUGAGCAGAAGGCCAAGCAGAGCAACAAGCCCAGGCUGUUGGUCACUGCUGCAGUAGCUGCUGGCAUCUCCACCAUCCAGUCUGGCUACGAGAUCCCCCAACUGUCGCAGUACCUGGACUACAUCUAUGACUUCCAUGGCUCCUGGGAGGGCUACACUGGAGAGAACAGCCCCCUGUACAAAUAACCGACUGACACUGGCAGCAACGCCUACCUCAAUGUGGAUUAUGCCAUCAACUACUGGAAGGACAACAGGGCCCCAGCUGAGAAGCUCAUCGUUGGAUUCCCAGCCUAUGGACAUACCUUCCUUCUGAGCAAUCCCUCCAAUCAUGGAAUUGGUGCCCCUACCACUGGUCCUGGCCCUGCGGGGCCCUAUACCAGGGAGUCUGGGUUCUGGGCCUACUAUGAGAUCUGUACCUUCCUGAAGAAUGGAGCUACUGAAGUAUGGGAGGCUCAUGAGGAUGUUCCCUAUGCCUACAAAGGAAAUGAGUGGCUUGGAGAUGAUAACACCAAGAGUUUCCAAAUCAAGGCUGACUGGCUAAAGAAGAACAACUUCGGAGGCACCAUGGUCUGGGCCAUUGACUUGGAUGAUUUCACAGGCACUUUCUGCAACCAAGGAAAAUUCCCUCUGAUCACCACCCUAAAGGAUGCUCUGGGUCUGCAGAGUACAAGUUGCAAAGCUCCAGCCCAACCCAUUGCUCCCAUUACUGAGGCACCCAUCACAGGCAGUUUCAGCCACAGUGGUAGCUCUGGGGGCAGCUCUGGGGACAUCCCCAGUGAUAGUGGAUUCUGUGCCAACAAAGCCAGUGGCCUGUACCCUGACCCCACUGACAAGAAUGCCUUCUACAAUUGUGCAAAUGGAAAGACUUUCAUUCAGCACUGCCAGGCUGGCCUUGUCUUUGAAGCCUCCUGCUCUUGCUGCAGCUGGUGA